CGCGGACGUGGUGGGUACUAGCAAGCGGAAGCGGAAGCGCGGACGUUCGAUCCGUCUCCUGAGACCUGACACCUGACUGCUCUCUGGCGUCGCUGGAUCCCGUUCACCCCUGGUGCUCUCUCUUAGCGACGACCGGGCGACCGCCGCCCCCGCCCUGCGCCAGGUGGCAGGUGUUCGUCGGCGACUCGUACCAAUCAGGGUGCAGAGGUGCACACCCAUAUCCUUUACUUCUCUACAUCAAUUGGCUUCUGUGGGUUGUGCUGUAGUCAGUUAAGCUUGGAAUUACUACACUGCCUUGGUGGCUUUUAGCAGGACAGCAGGAGUCACGACAGCAAUUAUGGAUACCAUGAUCUACAAACAUGAUGACAUUUCCCAAGAAAGAACCCCGCCAUUUGGAGAUGCAGUGAACAUGGGAGGAAGCAAUGUAGAAAUUCUCACAAGAGUAGAGGUUGAUAUGGCAUUUGCCUCCGAGAAAUUAUUAAAUUUGGAGAUGCUGGUUAUGGAAAUAGCUCGUCAGGCUACUGACUUUGAUCCUGCUACACUUGAAGAUGAAUCUAUUUCUUCUGAGACUGCAGAGAAUGCUUUUGAAUUGGACAUCUUGUAUGGUAUUCUUGAUGCAGAAGUCAAGGAGCUACAUAACUUGAUUAGCUCUCUUCAAGCUGAUAUUAAAAGUAUAGAGCAUCAGGAUUACGAGGAAGAGUCUGGAGGCAAGGUAAAAGCUAGAAUGGAUGCAGUUAAAUUGUCCUUGAAGCAGAUGCAAGAGCUAAUUGCUGAUAUUAGGAAUGAGUCUGCAAAGUUUGAGAAAGUCAUUGCGUUUCCCCACGAUAAGGAAGGGACCAUUGAAGCUGCUGGAUGUGAUAAUGGCCAUCUGUCAUAUCAAAAUGGUACACAGACAGAAGAGCAACACAGAAAUGUUUUACAUAUGUUAGAAAAAUCCAUAGCAAGUGAACUAGAUCUUGAAAAGAAGCUCUCUGAUUCGAUAUCUGUCAUAGAAGACCUCAGGCUGAAGCUCCAUCAUCAGGAAGAGGAAAUCUAUUUCCUCGAGGAAUCAACUGAAACAGUUUCAGGUAGAUUGUUUGAAGCAGAAAAUGCUUCGGAGCUACUUUUCGGAACUUCAAAGGAACUUAUAGAUAGGCUUAAUAAUAUGCAGUUUCAUGUAAGUGCGCUAAAAUGUACAGAAGAUGAUCUCAAGUCAAAACUAGAACAAAGCUUGACAAAAUCGUCUUUUCUGGAAAAUAGCCCAGACAAGGUGGAAAAAGAGAGUGACAAAGUUGGAGCUGGAUCACCAUCAUUACAGGAUAAAAUACAGGAGUUAGAAAAACAGUUGAACGAAUCCAAUUUGCAACUCCAAUUGGCACUAGCUUCAGCAGAAACAAGGCAGGAGGAGCAAAAUGCAUUGCAAUCUGAGCUGAGCACAAUGGAAAAUACAAUUAAGAAUAUCAAAGAUGAUGUUUCACGAGCAGAAAGCAGAGCACAAAAUGCAGAAAUAAGGUGUAUGCAGCUAACUGUAGCUAAUAUAGAGCUUAAUGGGGAACUAGAUGCCCUUAAAAGUGAGAAGUCAGAUAAGGCCAAUCUUUUGGAGAAGAAACUUACAGAGUCAAAUACCCAAUUAGAGCAUGCAAAGGCAGCAGUUGAUGCCAUUGUUGAACAGCAGGGUAUGCUGAAAUGUACCAUGUCUGAUAUGGAACAUAUUAUCGAAGAUCUGAAGGGCAAAGUUUCAAAAGCUGAAACCAGAGCUGAGAGUGCUGAAUCAAAGUGCACACUGUUAACAGACACAAAUUUAGAACUUAGUGAAGAGCUAGCAUUUCUAAGAGGUCGAGUAGAAAGUCUAGAGAACUUGUUACGUGAAGCCAACCAUGCGAAGGUGUCCACUGCCAAGGACAUUGGUGUGAGAACUAAAAUUAUUACUGAUUUGGUCAUAAAAUUGGCACUGGAAAGAGAACGGCUUCAUCUUCAGAUUGCUACGUUAACAAAGAAGAACAAGAUGUUGGUUAAAAAAUGUAAAGAAGAUAUCAAUGGUAGCAUACAAAUGAGCAAAAAGGCUACUUCCAAUCGCACUGAAUUUCAAUCAACUCAAAAAGCUGAGGAAAUAUGUCCAGAUUCUUUGCCAUCACAAACUGUGGUAACUACUUGUCAUAUGACUCAGUACCUCCUUCCAAGUAGAAUACAAGAGACUAAGUGUUGUAACCGUAGUUGUUGGAUUGUCAUUAAUAUUGAUUUGGUUUGGCCUGGGCUUUGUUUGAGUUUGAGUACAGCUCAAGCAGAAUUGGGCUUUGGCUAACUAGAUUAUGCUCCCUUAGUACUUUGUCUAGACAACCACACUACUUGCAAAAUGCUGGUAAAUUAAAUUUAUUUCCACCCUUGCUGAAGUAUUGGUUAAAUAUAAACUUACUGCAUGUAUGAAAAUUGAAAAGUUCUUUAACAGUUACUCUGUUGCCAACCAACACAUAGGCUUGCUGAACUUUUUCAGUCAUUUUUUUCCAAUGCAUGAAUCACUGUAGUUCAACAACCUUUUCUUUUUCUUUUUGAGACCUCAGUCACUGCAGUCAGAGUGGUUAAUUGUUUUAAUUUGUCUACAUACACUUGCAUGCUUGUUGCCCCAUCCAUCAGAUUUUCUUCUAAUGUAAAAAC